AAAAAACAGAGAGAGAAAUGAGAAAACCCAUAAGAAAAAGAAUAAUUUAGAUUAGCAUUUUACAUUCGAAUAGGGAAGUUUAGAGGUUUGUCACCGUCCGCCAUGGCUGCUCGCAAGAGAGCUUCUGCACCCCAAUCAGUCAAAGAACCUUCUCCCAAAGAAAUUGACAAAACCCAUCAAAUCAAAUCCCCAGUAACAGAUGAUCCGCCCAUUGCGCCACCGAAAUCAGGUUUUAUCUUCAAGCUCAUUCUCUUUUUCUCUAUCCCAUACCUUUACCUCAUUUUCUACCACUACAAGAUCGACUUAGAGCUUAGAAGGUCAAUCAUCAUCAAUGCCGGACUCAGUCUCGUUGGGUUCUUUGUGACUCUGCGGAUGAUACCUGUUGCCUCUAGAUACGUUAUUAGGCGUAAUCUAUUUGGCUAUGAUAUCAACAAACGGGGUACUCCUCAAGGCGCUGUUAAAGUGCCUGAGUCGCUGGGAAUUGUUGUGGGGAUUUCCUUCUUGGUCUUGGCAAUUGUGUUUCAGUAUUUUAACUUCACUUCAGACUCAAAUUGGCUUGUUGAGUACAAUGCAGCCUUGGCAUCUAUUUGCUUCAUGACGUUGCUUGGAUUUGUAGAUGAUGUUCUUGAUGUCCCCUGGAGAGUGAAACUGCUACUCCCAUCAUUUGCUGCUCUUCCUUUGUUGAUGGCUUAUGCUGGACACACUACUAUUAUAAUCCCGAAGCCUUUGAUUCCAUACCUUGGAAUGGAUGUUUUAGAUCUUGGAUGGAUAUAUAAGCUUUAUAUGGGACUAUUGGCAGUGUUCUGUACAAACUCCAUUAACAUCCAUGCUGGUCUAAACGGUUUAGAAGUUGGGCAAACAGUUGUCAUUGCAUUUGCGAUCUUGGUCCACAACGUCAUGCAAAUUGGAGCGUCGACGGAUCCCGAGUACAAGCAGGCCCAUGCAUUUUCUAUUUAUCUUGUUCAACCACUAUUAGCCACAUCUUUAGGCUUGCUCGCUUACAAUUGGUACCCUUCAUCGGUCUUUGUUGGAGAUACUUAUACAUACUUUGCUGGGAUGACUAUGGCCGUGGUUGGGAUUUUAGGUCAUUUUAGUGAAACUCUUCUGAUCUUCUUUUUCCCUCAAGUUCUGAACUUCCUUCUGUCACUCCCGCAGUUAUUUGGAUUUAUUGCAUGUCCACGUCAUCGGCUGCCUAGAUUUGAUCCUCAGACUGGAUUACUGACUGGAACAAACGAUGGAACACUUGUGAACUUUUUCUUGCGAAUAUUCGGUAGAAAAACAGAGAAAUCACUUUGUACCUAUCUUCUUGUUUUCCAGGUGAUUUUCUUGCUUUUCUGUUUUUCUUCUAUGCAAGGUCAGAGGGAAAAAGAAAGAAGGAAGAAUUGCUCCCACUCAGUUCAUCUUUAUAUUGAAAAAACAUAAAAGAAGUUUGACUUCGAAAUAUUUAGGUCCAUUUGGUAACCAUUUUGUUUUUAGUUUUCUGUUUUUGAAAUUUAUACUUCUUCGAUUCCAAUUUCUUCACUAUGGUUUUUAUUUUCUUUGAAGAAACAUUUGAAUUCAUAUUUAAUGUCUAAAAACAAAAACCAAAGUUUGAAUACUUUUUUUUAGUUUUUAAAUUUUGGUUUGGUUUUGAAAAUAUUGGCAGAAUCUAAAAUGUAGACAACGUAACAUUAAAAUUUAGAGGUGAAACUAGUGUUUAGAAUCUUAGUUUUCAAUAGCCAAAAUAUUAAUUAAGUAUAGAAUAGUUCCGAAGGGCCUUAAUCUUUUAGAAUCAGAACAAUAUAGAGAAAGUUCAAGUUAGAAUAUAAAACUGUCCUAUGCACCGGUUUUGCUUGCAUUGGUUUUUCUUUAUUCAAAUCAUAUAGACCCCUUUUACCUGUUCUAGCAACUUCUGCUUACAUAAUGCUAUUAGAAGGUUAAAUCGCUAGCUCAAAGACUAUGAUUACUGAUCUCUGGGAAGUCAUAUCCAUUUUUAUGUUUUGUUCUAUAUAAUCUUCUAAUAUCCAUCUCCAUGAGUAGGGCGUUUUCUGCUGCUUUUGUUUCUUGCUGAGGUAUUUGCUUGCUGGAUGGUAUAAAUGAUGCAACAACACAAUCUUCACUUUGAAGCCUUUCACAAUCAUGCUGUCAUUUUUCAUGUUGUAAUACUUUAUACGACAUUCUAUCGAAAGCGUAUGUGCGACGGAAGAGUUCAACGAUUUUUCGAGAAGUUUGAAAUGUACUCAGGAAAAGCUUUAGUGAUUUUUAAUUAUUUUUGGAGAACCAUUUUUUCCCCUGAUAGAAAACAAGAAAAACAGAUGUUCUAGAAUGUCUUCUGUUCUGACUAGCAUAUUGUAUUUUGAUAUGAGAGAGAAAAGAAUAUUUUUUGGUUUUA